AUGAGGAUCUUGGGAUUGUUGGAAACAAAGACUGACAUUGGGCAGAGGCGUCGCGCGCCCUACAACACCAGGAGCCAGAAGGUCCGCGUCAUCAAGACCCCCGGUGGUGAGCUCCGUUACCUGCACAUCAAGAAGAGGGGUACUGCCCCCAAGUGCGGUGACUGCGGUACCAAGCUCCAGGGUGUCCCAGCCCUUCGCCCCCGCGAGUACGCCCAGAUCUCCCGCCCCAAGAAGACCGUCCAGCGCGCCUACGGUGGAUCGCGAUGCGCCGGCUGCGUCCAGGACCGCAUCGUCCGUGCUUUCCUGAUCGAGGAGCAGAAGGUCGUCAAGAAGGUCCUCAAGGAGUCCCAGCAAAAGAAGCGUUAA